AUGGUGGCAGAGGAGGCAUCACCGCGAGGCCUCAAAUGCUUAGUUUGCGGGCAGAACGCUUCCCAGCGUAACACGCUGGCGAUGCUAACGCUGUCUAGCCAGGUUGUUGCCGCUGCUGCCGCUGCGAGAAACGAGUCUGCUGCAGAAGGGCCCCCCUUGCAACAGGCUGUGGACUACCGCGAGCGCAUCUGCACAGCGGUGGAAAAGCAGCUGCAGCAGUGGGAGCAGCAGCACCUCUCCAGUCUCCUGCAGCAAGCGCCUCACCAGCGGCAGCAGGAGGCGCAAGAGCUACCGCUAGAAGAAAUACGCGUCUUAUGGGACUUACUUCAAACAGCAGCCGCAGCGGGCUGCUCUGGCACGCUACAUCUGCAGCUUCAAACGGUUCGUGUAAUCUGCCAAAGAGUGCCGCCAGCCUGCCACGGCUUAAGACCUCUCUUCGUGGAAGCUGUUAGCCGUCCCCUCCAGAAGACGGAGGCAGCGGCGGCGGCGCUGUGGGCAGCUGCGGCUGCUACUGCAGCGGCUGUGACUGCAGGGGAGUCAGCGAAUGCAACGCUGGUGGCUGCAGCGCAAGUGCAGUUUGGAGUCAACGGGUGGGAACUGCUCCUUCUUGGUGCCUCCACCGUCCACGUUUUUGAAUGUGUUGGCGCUGCUGCGCGCAGGGCCGCAUCAGUCUCUCCCGUGACUCUCUCCUCGGCGGGAGCAGAAAACGCGCUUCUAGCCGCUGGAGUAGGAGUCUUGGCAGCAGAGCUCAACAGCUUCUCCGCCUUCUCAGGCCCCCUUCCCUCGGGUGUGCAUGCGCACUUGGAAGCCGUUCUAGCAGCUGCGGAGGCUGGAGCCUUUGCCGCUGAAAUCACAUCCGGAGAAAAGGCGACUCCUUCCGCUGCCCCACCUCCCCUUUUUGCCCCUCCUCAAGCCGACUGA